CAUACCACUGCUGCUGACAACGAUCUGACCCCACACACACACACACACACACACACACAAAGGCACGCUCUUACUCUCUCUCACGUCACACACUCAUCAUACCACGCUCACAGAAGCGCUGAAACUCCAGACCAGUGCAGGGAGAUGCUGCCGGCCGGCAACCACUGACAGCAACCUUCAGAGCCCAGUUGAUCCAGACACACUGCACCUUUUGCCUCCAGAAAGCCACGCACACUCUCACUGCACGAAGGAAGUGCCCCUUGACAAAGGGCACUACAGUGACCUCCAGCAGUUAGACUGUACCUGAUCACACAUCCUUGACAGAAAAGGGAUCCUGACUCUGAGCAGAGCCAGACAAAAGGAGCAAUCCUACCCCCGCCGCUGAAACACAACCCGCUGGACGGAAAGGCAGAGGGGUUGACGGCCCCCGUCUCUGGCAACUGGGGGACAGAAGCAGGAUGCUGGCUAAAAUCCUUGAGGACAUGUGGGUGGAGCCCGACGUGCUGGAGGCCCUCAGUGAGGAGCAGAAGAGGAUCCUGUUCCUGAAGAUGAGAGAGGAGCAGGUACGCCGCUGGAGAGAGCGGGAGGAGAGGGAGGAGAGGGAAGGAGGAGACAACAACAACACCAGGCCAAAGAAAGCUUCCAGUAAACAUGUGAGGUGGCUGCUCGGUCGGGAUGGAGAUGUCAGCGUCCGUGUAAUCGGAGAGGCGGACGAAUUCCGCUCCUCCAAACUCCUCCGGAGCCUCAUGAACGACAGACUCCACAGUGAUAAUAUGAAUGGCAUCCAGACAGUGGACUUGCUGCCAGGAAGAAAGGCCCGAGAGCUUGGCUUUAAAGAAGAAAUCCAGCUGCCUCUCACAGAUGUUUGUGAUUACCCAGCUUUACCAAACUACCAGUCGUCUGAGGAGGACAUGGACUCCUGCAGCGCCGAUGACGACCUGAAGGACCCCGCGGAGGACAGCGACACUGAAUCAGGCAGCAGCUCAGACAAUCUCAGCGACUGGGCUCCUCUCUAUAGGGCCCAUUUUAGUAGCCAUGGCAACCAGCCGCCACUCAAAGCCCAGCUGUCAGACACAGAGAGAGCCGACCCACAAGACAGAGAGAUUGUGUUUUGUGAAGAGCAGAAGUCAGGAUACAGAGGUCGUGUAGCGCAGCUCAGGAAGGCAUUCACUGAUGAUCUUCAUGGCACAACACCUGCCUACACCAAACCCCCUAUACCUGCAAAACCUGCUCAUCUACAGAAAAGAAACACACCCUUGAUCCAUUAGGACUCCAGGUGUAUCCAGGUGUACCUUGCUACAAGACAACAUUUGACCCCAAAAAGGCAAGAGCCGGCUGCACUGAGUGUACCGAAAUAAUGUCUCAGUUACACACUGUUGGACCAGGCUGCGGCCACAUACAUGUGAAGAAGGUCCUUACUUGAUCCUGAGCCAUGAACUGAGAUACACUUUGUUAGGCCUCAACUCAAGGACCGACCC